GAAGAAGAUUUUGACUCGGAAGUAGCUAGCUAACGUUAGCUAGGUUUAUUUUUUGCAGACAUUUAAAUUGGCUGAUGUAGCUAGCUAGCUUUUAGAAUAACAUUUACAUCGUUUUUAAACGACACUCAAAAUGUCUAACUGUAUCGCACUUCAGACACAACUAACCUCGAUCAUGGAGGUUUUAGCCAAAUCAGCGGUGGCAGAAAUCGCCAAACUUAUCGAUGACAACUGUGCUGUAUUACAUUUCGAAAUAUCUCGGAAGCAUAAUGAAAAUGAAAUUUUGCGGAGAAAACUGCUCAUGGUGGAUAACGAACUGAAGAUUGCGCGGAUUUCACGACACACCGAGAAAUACAUGGACAGCUGUGCUUCAGACUGGAGACCCAGUCAACGAGGAGAUGAGGAUGUGUUUGGGUCAGCUUUGGGAGAAAUUAAGUUUGCAGAGAUAGAAACCCCUUUCAUUAAGGUAGAGAGACAGGAUCAUGGAUCAUGGAGCAGGGAGCCACACAGAGGACCAAGUGGACAGGGAAACACUGCAUACGUCAAUAAUGCCAUUCAGAAGCUUCCCAUUGGGAAUCAUCAGGACUUGGAAGAAGAGGAGAAUCAGGACCCACUAAUCCUCCUGGAAGAGCAGCUGGCAGAAGGCCAAGAUAAGCUUAGUGAGCUGUGCCAGUCUCAGUCUGGGCACUGUGGCGAGGAGGAGACCAGUGUUCUAGAGUUUGUAAUAAAGACUGAGAAGGAGGAAGAACAUUCUGGAUUCAGUCAGGCUGGAUGUCAGAGGAGCACAGUAAAGCAGCAGAACCCCGUGAGCUCUGAAUUUGUAAUGGAUGAAAGAGACAGUCAACUGUGGUCGUCUAUAGUUCAAGGGAAUGAUGACAUAGUCAUAGAGACUGACUUUCCUGAUUUCUCUUAUGUAGCCGACCAGUAUUCAGAGAGUUUUCCAGAUCGCUCCGAGGCUCAGCCUCAGCCACAGCCCCUCUCUAGCCCAGUGGAAGGCCCUAGUAAAUCAGCCAUUUCACCUUUACAUAGACCGUGCAAUGGAUCAAUGUACAACAAAGUCUUUCAGAAAGAGAAAGUAAGUGCAUCUCAGUCUGUGUCUAGUUCUUUUCAGUGCCGACCGCAGAUCAACCAUUCACAGCAGCAGACCAGGCAGAGAGAUCAGGUGUUCUCCCAGAGGAAUAAUCACAUCCCACCGUCCAGGCCUCAAGACACUGGACACACAGCAGAGCGAAGCUUUGGACUGAGUGACACUGACAGACCAACUGCCUCCCAUUUAGGGAUUCGAUUGAACAAUAACACUUUUACACCAGGUGGCCUCAGAAGCUUCUCUAUGCCUCAUUAUAAUACGAAAAAUCACUGGGGUACAGCCAUAACAGAGAAGGUUUUCAGUUGCUCGCAGUGUGGCAAGAGUUUUAGUCGCCUGUCCUAUCUCAAGAUACAUCAGCGAAGUCACACGGGAGAGAGGCCGUUUCGGUGCACCGUCUGCGGGAAGAGUUUUCACUGCUCCUCGCACCUGACUAUACACCACCGCAUUCACACGGGAGAGAGACCCUAUAGCUGUGCCACGUGUGGGAAGAGGUUUACCCAGCAGAGCAGUCUCAAGACGCACCAGAGUGUCCACAGUGGAGAGAGACCAUAUGGUUGCUCUCAGUGUGGCAAGACUUUCACUCUUCUGCACCAUCUGAAGAGGCACAGGAUUAUUCAUGCUGGGUAUAGCUGAGUGGGUCAUUUAUUAUUAUUAUUAUUAUUAUUAAUAUUAUUAUUAAACCUCUAUCCAGGAAGUCCGUAAAUAUGGUCCUCAAAGCUGAAUUUAAGAUAAAGUUAUUUGUUUUACUUUAGAAAUGAAAAUAGUUCAAGAAAAAUUAGAACUUUUGAUGUUUUAUGCUAUUUUCAACACUACAGAAACAUUUCAUGAAAUAAAAUACACAUCGAAUAGUUUUGCAUCAGGCCUUUUAAUAAACUAUGAAAAUCGGUACUCUCCAUAA